CAUCCCAUCAGCCCAAGAUGUCUUGCUACGACCUGUGCCCACCCAAAACCAGCGUGGCCGUGCCCCAGCCCAUCGCUGAGAGCUGCAACGAGCUGUGCGCGCGCCAGUGCCCCGACUCGACGGCCUUCAUCCAGCCACCGCCCGUCGUCGUCACCUUCCCCGGCCCCAUCCUCAGCUCCUUCCCCCAGCAAGCCGUGGUGGGCUCCUCCGGAGCACCCGCCUUUGGGGGCUCCCUGGGGCUGGGGGGCCUCUACGGCGCCGGGGCCACUCAGGGCUCGGGGGGCCUCUGCACCUUUGGCAGACCCUACACUUCUGCCUGCAGCCCCUGCCCCUUGCCCCGCUACAGCAGGAAGCUCUGGGACACCUGCGGGCCCUGCUAAACCCAGACCUUGAUCUCCUCCUCCUUCCUCCUUCUGUACAUUGAUGUGUGAUGCCAACAUUGUCCUGCAAUGUCCUUUCUG